AUGGCAUCUCUACGAACAUCUGUCGUCCACAGUGUGUUCCGGACCAGGUCUCCCCUGCUGCGGUGCCAGCAGCGACGCUGGGCGCAGGUCCACGAUGUCCGCUUCCUCGCUACACACCACGAUCCCAACCAUGUGCUGGACAAGUAUAAGAACAAACUGUCCCAGAAGGCUCAGGCAGAAGGACAUGAGUCGAUCGACUCCUUGAAAAAUGCGUACAAGGACAAAAUCCAAGAUCUCCGCCUCAAAGCGUCCACCGACAUGACCCCAGAGACACCUGCUCCGUCCUCCGCGGCGACGGCAACGACGACAGCCCCCCCUCCUCCAUCGCAACCGCAGGCACAAGCGCAAUCUCCCAAGAUCCCCUCUAGCGACGGGACUGGUAUCAAACCGCUCAGCUCGUACCUCAAUGUGGACAAGGUCCGCGCCCUGCCGCCAAAGGAGAUCGAAGCCCUCUGGCGUCUCCGCCACGCCAACAACGGGAAUUCCAUCUGUGCCUGCAUCCCGGUGGAGACAUACCAGCGUCUGGCGGCCGCGGCGCGCAACAACCCGCAAUUCAUCCUCCCACUGCCCCGCCAGCCGAGCGAGGGACAGUUACCGGAGGGCACAGCCGAGGCCGAAGCGCAGACGGGCGCCGACAUCCACUUCCUCCAAUGGGCAUUCCACCCCCCCGCUGGGGCUGAGCAUCAACCCCCAGUCCCCGGCACGCUCAACACCCACACCUCGACCAUCAUCUUCACCCAGCUGGCGGCGUUCAAGCUGCACGGCUCGUUCGCUCAACCGCACACGACCAUCACUCACCACCUGGACCUGGCGGACGACAAGGGGCUGGUCCUCAUGCACGGGCAGGUGGUUCCGGAUUCGGGCGUGUCGAUUGCCGAGGCGAGCUGGCUCGUCAGCUGUGUACAGCGCUUCUACGACUUUGACGGGCAGGCGAGUGGGCGCAAGGGCGAACUUGUCCGCAUGUUCACCCAGGGCGAUGUCGAGGGGUUCAAGAUUGAGGAAUUGAUGGAUGAAGCGGAGAGAGUGUAA